AGAGAGAGCGAGACAGCGCGGUCUUUCCCGAAAGCAACUCAGUUUGAAAACUCGGAGCGCGGUGCCCGCGCCCUGACCCCGCAGGUCCCGGGCGCGACCCGCACGACGGACGGGGCUGGGGAGCUGGCGCAGGGGACGCCCGCCAGGCGGAUUGGUGGUUCUGCAGGGGAGUGGGAUCUACCGGGAAGGAAACAUCUGGUGGGGAGGCGGUGGCAAAUGGGCUCUGGAGGCUGCCCCCUCCGCCCCUCCAGCUCCCGCCUUCCCAGGCCAUGACCGUGAACACAGGCCCCGCCGGCCCGCGUGCACUGCGGGGCCGCCCCGCCCCCGGCUGCCAGCUGCUGCGAGAGGUCGCCUUCCCACGCGCUCAGCCCUACCACCCCUCUACCCACUCCUCCCUCCCAGGAACGGACAGAGCCAGCCGGGAUGAGACAGAGGCGCGGGGUUGUGGCUCCUGCUGGGAGGCCGCUUCCGUGCACGCCUGAUCCCGCGCGGGCACAGCCGGCCCAGCCGCAGCGGCGGCCCGGACAGCUCACCCCCUGCCUCCCUGCCCCCGUCCCGCUCUGUGUCAACGCAGACCCAAGCCGCGGGAGGGCUCUCAGGACCUUUUCACCCCGUAUGCCUUUUCUUCCGAGUUUUAUGGUUGUUUUCAGUAACAGGGUUUUGCGUUCGUGGUGUCUGAGAGCGGCUCACGCCGGGGCGCAGAGGAAACCGCGUCCUAAGGCAGCGGAGCGCCUGGGAGCCUCCUGAAGCCCCUGUCCCAGGGGCUGACCCGGACAGACGGGCGCCCCUCUCACCCCUAGGGGGCUUCUGACGUUUAGGACGCAGGAAACGUCCCUUGGGACUCCGCUGCACGUCCCAGCGGUCUUUUCUCCCAAGCCUGUCCCCCCUCCUCCUCCAGGGGGGAGGGCACGGUGGGGCGCGGGGCAAGAACUCGUUUUGAUUCCGGAGCGCCAACCUUUAGACCUAGACCCUGUCCUGCAUCUUGCCCUGGGAGACGCACGGUUCCUACGCCGGCAGAAUAAACCGCGCGAAGCCCAAGGGUGGGGGGGUCCUGGCCCGGCCCGGGAUCCCCAGAGCCCUCGUUUCUGAGCUAAGACCACCGAGAGCGGCAGCUCGUUCGUGAACCCGGCCCCCGGUCGUCUUCACCCCGAGAGGAAGGCAGAUUCGUUAUCCCCACACCUCCCCGAGCCGGCCUGGUCCCGCCUCCGGAGCGAGCCCGGGGCCAGAGCUGUAGGCGCUGCCCCGCCUCCCCCGCCGGAAUCAGGUUUCGACCCCAGGAUUAGGUGAACUGAUUGGGGGGUUAAUGAGAGCGGCGUAGCGGGCAGCUAGCUCCCUUUCAGGCCCGCGCCCCAUCCCCGCUCUCUGGCUGCCAGAGCAGCCUGCUCUCUCUUGCGUCCUCUAAAGUGUUGGUUUUCCGCGGACUCCCGGACACCGUGCGUUUCCCAUCCGUCGCGCGCGAAUCCGGCUCGACUUCCCCAGAGCGAGGUUUUUGGUCUCCGCCUGGUUGGGGCUGAGCAAGAACCCGGGGGACGGUGGGCUGACGGCGGCUCCAGGGACCCUUGGAGCGGAGUGGGGAGCGCGCCCGACCACCAUGCCGCGUUCGUUCCUAGUCAAGAGCAAGAAGGCUCACAGUUACCACCAGCCGCGCUCUCCGGGACCCGACUAUUCCCUCCGCCUGGAGAACGUACUGGCGCCAGGCGGAGCAGACAGCACCUCCAGUACUGGCGGGGCGAAGGCGGAGCCCCGUGGCCGUUUGUCCCCCGAGUCUCAGCUGACCGAGGCCCCGGACAGAGCCUCCGCGUCCCCCGGCAGCUGUGAGGGCAGUGUCUGCGAUCGGAGCUCAGAGUUUGAGGACUUCUGGAGGCCUCCGUCGCCUUCUGUAUCUCCAGCCUCGGAGAAGUCGGUGUGCCCGUCGCUGGACGACGCUCAGCCCUUCCCCCUGCCCUUCAAGCCGUACUCGUGGAGCGGCCUGGCGGGCUCCGACCUGCGCCACCUCGUGCGGAGCUACCGGCCGUGCGCGGCCGUGGAGCGCGGCGCCGGCCUGGGCCUCUUCUGCGAGCGCAGCCCGGAGCCAGGCCACCCCGCGGCGCUGUACGGCCCGGAGCGGAGUGCGGGCGGCGCGGGGGUCGGGGCGCCCGGGGGCGGCAGCGCCGGAGGCGGCGCGGGCCUGGGGCUCUACGGCGACUUCGGGCCCGCGGCGGCAGGACUGUACGAGCGGCCGGCGGCGGGCGGGCUGUACCCGGAGCGCGGCCACGGGCUGCACGGCGACAAGGGCGCCGGCGUCAAGGUGGAGUCGGAGCUGCUGUGCACCCGCCUGCUGCUGGGCGGUGGCUCCUACAAGUGCAUCAAGUGCAGCAAGGUGUUCUCCACACCGCACGGGCUCGAGGUGCACGUGCGCAGGUCCCACAGCGGCACCAGACCCUUUGCGUGCGAGAUUUGCGGCAAGACCUUCGGGCACGCGGUCAGCCUGGAGCAGCACAAAGCCGUGCACUCGCAGGAACGGAGCUUCGACUGUAAGAUCUGUGGCAAGAGCUUCAAGAGGUCGUCUACACUGUCCACACACCUGCUCAUCCACUCCGACACGCGGCCCUACCCCUGUCAGUACUGUGGCAAGCGGUUCCACCAGAAGUCGGACAUGAAGAAACACACCUUCAUCCACACAGGUGAAAAGCCCCACAAGUGCCAGGUGUGCGGCAAGGCCUUCAGCCAGAGCUCCAACCUCAUCACCCACAGCCGCAAGCACACAGGCUUCAAGCCCUUCGGCUGCGACCUGUGCGGGAAGGGCUUCCAGAGGAAGGUGGACCUCAGGCGGCACCGGGAGACGCAGCAUGGGCUCAAGUGAGCACCCCCUGGCCGGCCGCGGGCGCAGUCACACAACACUACGGAGGGCAGCCUCCCCACGGGCCACCUGCCACUUCUGCAGCUUCCCCCCCAUCCCAACCGGGGGUCCCCCUUCCCCUUCCUCCCUGGAACCGCCAGAGGUUCAGCCUGGAGUGGGAACCCGAGGACUCCCUGGGCUUUAGACUCACCGAAAAGGCCCCUCUCCCCGGGGCCUCCAAGUCAGGAGGCGGUCAGCUGAAACCUUGGGCCUCAGGGCCCCUCCUACUCCCAGCCCUGGGAGGGGAGGGAAGGCCCUGUCUUCAAGCCUGUGAGCCCUCCAUGUGUACCCUAGAGGGAAAAAAAAAUGGUAUUUUUACUUUGAUGAAGUUUCUAAAUGUUUUUAGCUCUUCGGGAGUUUAUUAUAUUUGUUAAUACAUAUUUAUUAGAGUGAUGUUUUAAGUUAAUAAAGUAUUAAGACUC